AUGGAGGAAAAUCGCGUAGUGAAGAAAUCAAAGGAGGCCAAGGCAAAGAAGAAGAAGGAGAAGGAAGAAGAGGGAGAAGAGAAGAAGCAGGUGGAAGAUGUGCCAGAGGCCUACACCAAGGCCGCCACAGAGCGACUUCUCAAGGAGUUGAAGGAGCUGCGACAGCCCAACGUGACAAAGGACGGCUACUCUGUGGCCCCUGUCGAAGACAACAUCUACAAGUGGCAUGUGAAGCUGUUUGGGUGGGACGACGAUGCCCAGAUCAAGCAAGACCUCACCCUCUACGAGAGCCUCACCCAACGCGACCACGUCCUGCUCGAAGAGUACCCCAACAUGCCGCCCUUCAUUCGAGUGGUCUACCCCCGCUUCCACCAAUACACCGGCCACAUCACCAUCGGUGGUUCGAUCUGCGUGAAGGAUCUGACGAGAAGCGGGUGGAGCGCCGAGUUCCAGCUCCAGCCGUUCUUUGUGAUGAUCCGAAACCUCCUGCUCGAGGGCGGCGCCCUGGUGGACAUGGACAACUACGCCACCGACUACAGCGAGCAGGAGGCCCGCGAGGCCUUUGAUCGCGUGGCCCGCGCCCACGGCUGGGAGCCCUGA